GUUGCGUGGCUGCUAUGCAUCGACAGCGUCGCCGGUGCCAUGUUGACGAGAUGAGCCGGUGAAAUAGCUGAGUUUUCGCGAUAUGUUGUUCAUAACACGUGUCUUGUGUAGAUUAAUACUAAUACUCAUACAUCUUUGGAUGCGCAUAGUUGAGAAGUUGUUACUUGUCAAGCACAAGGUGAUACACCGGCUGAGGCACUGGGCAGUCAGCGUCACGCCGUCGCAUCGUGUGAAACUUGAACAUUCAGCGACUUUUGAUAGGCGCCUUGCUACGUUGAAAAAACUUCCAAAACAUUUAGCCAUCGUCAUAGCCGAAAGUGUUGUCUCGUAUCGAGAUAUUGCAAACCUUGUUGUGUGGUGUUUGUUCGUGAGGAUACCUUACGUUACGGUGUACGAUGUCGAAGGUGCCGUGAAAAAGAAUUGGCCACAGUUGUACGAGGAAGUUCUUUGUAGCCAGAAGCGCAACUUCGGGUAUUCUAAUCCCGCAGAAGUUGUCCUUCACGUGCAGCAGAAGGGACUGCCCGAAAAGAAUGGGCACAACGGAUACAAGCGACGGGUCCACCUGCGGCUGAGCGGAUCACAGGACGGACGACCGUUGCUCGUGGAUGCCACACAGCGAAUCUGUGGACUCGUCCAGGGAGGGGUUGUGGGCUGGGAAGAUGUCACUCCAGAGCUUAUUCGGACACAUAUUUCGGAGUGGCCAGACCCAGACGUCCUCCUUCGGCUAGGAAAUGUUCACAGCUUGCUCGGCUACCAGCCGUGGGAACUACGACUGACAGAAAUCAUAUCCCUGCCUACCCACAAGGAUGUCACAUUAUCAGAAUUCCUAGAUGUCCUGUACACUUACAGCAACUGUGACCAACGCUUUGGGAAGUGACUCGAAUGGCGCCUAGCCUCUACCGCACCUUCAUUCUCAUUACCAGUGAUGUCCGCAAUCUCAUCAAAGAAAAAUGCCAUCAUCGGGUUCUUUGUUUUUUUUCGGUAUUGUUUUUGGUGGGUAGUAAAACUUGAACUUGUUACAGAAAAACGGUGCCUGCUGUGGUAUGCAUACAAGGCUGGUCUCAACGCAGUUAAAAAAAAAGCAUUGACUGUAAUAGUGAAUGCAGCAAGAGUAAUCUGUACUCUAAGUUAUAUUUAAUAUUUACUUAAAUGUGCAUAAAGCAGCUGAAAAACUGAGAUUUCUAUAUAAUAAAUUUGAUCAUGUUUGCCAACGUGCA